AUCAAUCAGUUGUGUAAUACUACAUUGUAAUAUAAUUUAUACUUUAGAGACUUAACUAAACUUCAGUGCAUCAUGGUUGUAAGUUGAACGACUAACUCAAUUUACCCCACAGCAUGUCGCUCACUUUGCCCCACAGCCAAUAUUUUGGAAAAACUGAAAUUAAAGUAUUAUUAAAAUAAAUUUGCUUUGACACAGCAGUCAUUAUACCUGAUAUGUUAAACACUUACUUUGACAAGCAAAAAACCGUUAAUUGUAAAAAAACACAAAAUACUUGCAACUUCCAACCCCCAUCCUCUCAAUUAUUAUAAUACUAUUUGGCGUAUGGCAUGAUGCCAAAUAGUCUACUGAUUCCGCGUAAGCUUGGUUGAUAUCAAGCUAUGCGGUCCAAGCGUGUCUUUUUCUGGUGCGUAAUAAACCUUGGAGUCGCCAGUGACGUGCGCGCCAUUGCUGCAGGUGCGCCGGUGAGCAGAAUAUGUUAACAGUCACGGUACAGAAACUCGAUUUGAAGAUGGAUAUUAUCAUACACAAUAUUUUACAAAUAGUUGUGUUAUGAUUGAUGUGUUUAAACACUAACUUCGUGCCACAAUGAACGAUACGAUAAGCACCUUUUCGAACCGCUCUUCUCAGCACCACAAUCAGUCUUGGAGCCAAAACAUUUCGAAAUCGUUCAAUUUCGUCUAUUUUACGGAGACCACCAUCCUACCCUCUUUGAUCGGAUUACUGUGUACUACUGGGCUUAUUGGCAACGUGCUCGUCUUAGUGACCAUUCUUAGGGCAGUGAAGAAGACGGUGCCGGACGUGUACAUCUGUAACCUGGCGGUGGCCGACGUGGUCCAUGUGACCGUCAUGCCCUUCCUCAUCCACCAGUGGGCGCGCGGUGGCCAUUGGGUCUUUGGCAGUACGCUGUGCCGCGUCAUCACCUCCCUGGACAACUGCAACCAGGUGGCGUGUGCAGCGGUGAUGACCGCUGUCAGUGUGGACAGGUACUGUGCCGUUGUCCAUCCGUUUCGCCUGCUGGCUUUGAGGACCAAAUCCAGGACCAUGGGUCUCAACCUGCUGGUGUGGGGGGUCUCCGUGCUGCUGGUGGUGCCGGUCUGGCUCCACUCCAAGGUCAUCCGCUUCCCUGAUGGCCUGGAGAGCUGCAGCAUUAACCUGGUCUCCCCCAGCGCGGUCCUCUGGUACACUUUAUAUCAGACCAUUACGUCGUUCUUUCUGCCUCUGCCCCUCAUUCUGACCUGCUACAUCCUCAUCGUGGUUCACACCUGGAGGAUGUACAUGAAGAACAAGCAGGCCCAGCGCUACAGCAGCAACUUGCCCCGCGCCCGGGCCAUCCGCCUGACCAAGAUGGUGCUGGUUCUGGUGGGGGUGUUCCUGCUGAGCGUGGGGCCCUACCACAUCCUGCAGCUGGUCAACCUGACGGUGCGGAGGCCCUCGCUGGCCUACCACACCUGCUACUACCUGUCCGUGUGUCUGAGCUACGCCGCCAGCAGCAUCAACCCCUUCAUCUACAUCCUGCUUAGCGGACACUUCAGGCGUCGGCUGACCGGGCCCCGCAUCCCCGGCGGACGAAGCGCCGUCGAGAAAGAGCGCACGUGGCAUGCCCACACACCGCACUCAAGCUACGCGUGAAAGCCAGCCCCCCCUCCCCCUUUUGUUUGAGCUAGACCCCGCAUGUUAUUGUUUUGUUGCGUUCCCGACUUUUUAAUUGACUUUCUUUUUAAUUGAAGGGGCGGGGCAAUAUUGCUCAUCAGUCAUUCGCUCUCUUGCACAAGCAAGUCCCGUUUGCAGCAGAUCAGUAACAGGGUGCAUGCAAUAGCACACGUGUUACCCUUAGAGCGCCAUUUGAGUCGAUAUUUAUAUUGUA